CUUUAAAACGGUAACAUCAAGGCCUAACACUUUCAGAAGUCAAGGAAUAAUUCAAGUUCAAAAUUUCUCACAUAGAACUCAGGUCCUCGGUUUUGAACGUUUUGUUGUCAGUCCCUGUAACGGCGUUGUUUGUUACCAUGGUGACGGUUCAUGAACGCGCAUGCCGUAAGCUUGUCACGUGCAUAAUAUGUUAGGUAUGCAGCCUUCGUGAUGGACGUCUCAGGCCCUUGAUACAGUUUCACAUCCAUAUGGCUCAAACAUGUCGCUAAUGGAGCUUCAACAGGAGAAAAGUGAGCAUGUCUACAUGAGCACUGGAAACAGGAGACAGACUAGUGCUGAGAUUGUUUCAGAGGCUCGUCGCUCUCUUCGAACUCUUGCCACACAGCGGCCUUUCACACCUCAGGAGAAGCAUCGGCAGCUCUUUGGAGAAUCAUCCUCCCGUGCACGUGAUGGACGCCCACCAUCUGCAUUCAGUCUUCAUGCCCAAAAUUUUGAAGCUCCUGACUCCAGACCAGGCUCUGGAACUCGUCUUAGUCCACUGGAACACAAACCCAGACUGUCUGUGUCCCUGGAUGAAGAUGGCCAUGAGAAAGAAGCAGCUCACCCCAAACCCCCAGCUGAGCGGGGGAACACCAGGAGAGGGUCAGGAGGGUCCAGAGCAAGACAGCUUAUUUCGGCGUCCAUCAACCAUCUGCCACCCAUGACACCACGUUCAAAUAUUGUCCUGCAACAUAAAGCUUCAGAUAUGUCUCAAGAGGCAAGGGUGGGGGUGGACCAACCAGAGGACAAAGUAAGACCACACUGUGCUGAUGGCAGAGAAAAUAAAACAAAAGCAUCCUCUGAAACUGACCUGCACACACUUAUCAAACACAGGAUACCACAGUCAGCCAGAACUGAUGUAUCCAGUAAAAAAGGAUCAAAACCAGAAGCUAAGCUUGGCCAUGGCAAAGGAGAUGAUAACAUGGAUGAAUCUCUGUUCUGGAACACUAAGGUUCAUCCUGUCCUUCAGGAAUUUGAGUCCUUUGUACCAGGUGAUGGUGUGUCAGAAGAGAUUGUGGGACAUCUGUGUAGUGCAUGCACUGGUCUCCAUGAUGCCCUGGCAGAGAGAGGCAUGCUGGGAAGGCAGUGCAAAAAGAGGUCCACCAUUCUUAGAACGCUCUUCAGACUUAUAGAUGUGGGAUCAGACCGACUCAACCUAACUCUAGCCAAACUCAUUCUAGCACUUGACGUGAGUGGAAACAACUUGCUGAACAUCUGCAAACUCAUCUUCAAAAUCAGCCAGAACACCAGUAACGAUGCCCUGUUCCUUACCAGCUCCAUCCUAGACUCUCUUCUUUCUCUGCUGCAGUGUGAGGAUGUGUGGAGUAAAGGUGAGGCUGUGCUGUACUGUGUUGGCUCACUGAAGCUCCUUUCAGGAAACAGUACCCUCUCCAGGCUUCUGCUGGCUAAAGACUUCAUCUGUGUACUGCUGUGGCUGUCUAAGAGUCUGAUACACAGUAAACCUGCAGCUUUAUCUAAUGUAACUAAGCACAAGUCAGAGGGAGGAGGCCAGCAUCUCAUUGCAGGACAUAUACUGGUACAGGCUACAGCAGCUUUGAGAAAUAUAGCUGACCUGUCUGAGUCUCGGCCCUCCUUCCUGUCAAACAAGGCCUUCUCUAAUCUUUGCUGGAUUCUGGAGAACCACCGUAAUGACCUUGACAUCUGCAUUAAUGUAGCCCGAAUAUUCAGCAAGCUCUCCACCUACACUGAGUGCUGCUAUGCACUAGCUGAGACACCACGCUGCUGCAGCCUAUUUUUAGACCUGCUGGGCAAACACAGCAAGAAACAGGAUCUAGUAGUGCGUCUCCUGUUCACACUAGGAAAUCUGACCGCCAAAAGCUUUGAAGCCAGAGAGCGAGUCUAUGAAGAGGAUGGAGGGAUAGAUGUCCUCUUAGAUCUUUUCCAGGCCUACCAGGGAACGCCAUCACGCCCUGAGCAAUGUCACGCUCCUGAAAGAGUGGACGUCUUGGUCAAACUGAUCAGACUGCUGGCCAACCUGGCCAUUCACCCAACGGUUGGCACAGCACUAGCUGCCAACGCAUUGUGUACACAGCUUCUAUUGGAUGUGCUGGAGUGCAGGUGUGUGCAGGAGAGUGAAGAGUUGGUGAUUAAUGUUGUGGCCACCAUCAACAACCUGUCUUUCUACCAGGGAGAGAGCUCAGUGGUCCGUUCCCAGCACAAACACAUCUCACAGUUGUUAGUAAAGCUCUUGCUGGGCUCUAGUAUAGAUGGUGUUUUGGAGGCCACACGUGUGUUUGGAAAUCUGUCUCAGAUCAAAGAUGUGAGACACUUCAUCAUGCAGCACAAAGUGCACCAGUUUGUGGUAACCCUUCUGGACUCCAAGAACCCUGAUGUGUGUUUCUCUGCAUGUGGAGUUCUCACCAACUUAUCUGCAGAUCCAGAAAACAGGGCCAUACUUAGAGACGAGGGAACUGGACAGAAGUUAAUAGACUGUCUGCGUGACUUUGGGCCUCAGGACUGGCAUCUAGCUUCAGUGGUGUGUCAGACUCUGUGGAACUGCUCUUUAGAUGGAGAGCUGCAACACAGUCAAGAGCUGCUAGAGAUCUUAAACCUCUUCACAGACAGGGGAGCUUUCCAGUGGCCUUCUAAUGAUGGAGUCAGACAAGUCCAGGAAGCAUGCUGGGAGUUGCUGUUUUUGCCUGUAGCGGAGAGGCUAAAGCAACGUUUACAUUGUGAAGACAUCAGUGUCCGUAAGCUGUCCUGACCAACACCUCCUAUUCAGUCUUCACGUUGUCUCUAAAAUUAGGUGUGUUCAUAUAUGCUUUGUAUUUGAGCAUGCAAGUACAUAUGCACACAAAACUAAGGAAUGAGCCGGUGUGUAAAUUGCACCUUGAUACUAUAUCCCUUAUUAAGUUUUUAACAUAUUUUUGCAGUGUGGAAAGUAAUAAUAAGGAAUUUGUAAAUUAUGAGCAACAAAUGCAAAUGGUUAUAAUAAUAAAUAAAAAACGUUCAAAGGUCUAUUAUGCAACCUGAUGCUGCUGUAUUUCACUUCAAAAAAGGUGUGGAUUGUGUCAUACUUGAAAAACAUGCUCAUGAAGCCAUUCAAUGCUGAUGAACUUUCUAAAAAGCACUCAAGACAAUCACAGUGAUCUCAAAUACUUUAUUAAACAGUUACAGAAAAGUCUGUAAGGAACAUUGAACAGGAACAUCGUCAUGCGUAAUACAAUCAUAUCAAACUCAUAUAAUAUCGCACUGUCUUCCCUCUUUUUGACCACAGCGGUUACACUUCAAAGCUAGUCUAUACAAUAAUAAUCAGUUUACACAGCUGCCCUAGAGGUGAUCUGAAUACAUGUUUAAAUACACCAAAAGCUUGAUGACCAAAACAUGUAAUGGGGAGGUAUUUUUGUUUCAUUAGUAUGUAAUGCGAUUAAUUCCAUACACUUUUCCCCCCUCAAUCUCCUUUGCAGUUUCUUAGGGACUUUCUCAGGAAAGAUUAAGGUAUUUUACUGUUUAUAAGAAGGGAACCCAAUUUCUCAUAUUACUGUAUACAUUUAAAUGAGCAACAAGUAGCUUAUGGUGAUUUCUGUAUAAUAUGACCAUGUUCUGGCACUGAAAAGCCACUAGCCUCAUAACCACAGAUAAAACAAAGGGAGAUUACCAGCAGUGUAAGGAGAAAUUUUUAUUAUUUGUGCAAACAGCACAAAGGGAAGGUUCCUAGAUCAACAACUGUUACUUCCUUUAAUCCUCACUGUGAGAAAAUGAAUCAGUGCCUUCAACACUGUUUAAAUCAUUAGUGCAUAGCAGGGGGUGGCUUUCUAUAGCCCUAGUGUCUCUGUGGUGAUAUAUUGUGAUGCUGCAAGUCUCUACUGGUGAAGGUUGUUCAUAGCCAUGAAAACAUUGAUCAUGUGUCCUACAAAAAUUGAUAUGAAAGAUAUUUUGAAAUGUAUUAUCAAUAAUAUCUACACAAAUGAAGAGUAUGGAAAGCUUAUUGAAUUCUUGUUAUGUGAGCUGUUUAGAUUGCUCAAAUUCUUAUUGUUUGUGAUGACAGGAAGAUUUCUUGAAAAGAAUUCUGAUUAAAUUUCAAAUGAUACAACCAGUGAAAUACCAUGUUUUAUUUUUUUUUAUCAAAUAGUGUCAGUAACUGACAUUAGUCUCUCAAGUCUGAGUAAAAACCUCCUCAUAUCCAUGUCCAAAAGAAAAGUACCAUCCCUCUACUAGUCCUGCUUUAGAAUGCAGUACUUAACUGGUUUUAGUAAACAAAAAAGACAGCAGAGAAUCCACCCUGCUUGAAAAAAAAUAAAAUAAAAAAAUAAAAAUA